UUGGAAUGUCAAUAAUACAGAGGAAUUUAAAAAUGGUGACAUAAUGGAACUAAUUUGUACCGUGACCGAUCCUUGUUGCAAUUCAACGAGAAAAUGGAAUGGAGGACCGUCCUUUUCUUUUUUGAUGAAUGAUGGUGCACCAAGCGAUUCUAACAAAUAUGGAGAGAUUAUACAUUCGAAUUCUUUUAGCCUUCUGAUAUACAAUAUGAAUAGAUCUGACUUCUUAUAUGAUUAUAGAUGUACAUAUGGUUUUGAUGAUUCACCGAGACAUUUAUUGACUCCUCCAGGGAAUGCGCGGUAUAUACCAGCUACAAGUGAGAUACAGCCACUUUCAUCGUCAGCAGUUAUUGGUUAUCUGAAUUUGAUGGUUAAUGUAACAACAGUGUUUCCUGCACCAAGUUGUACUGCAAAAUUUGGGAGCGCAGAUUUAACGUCCAAUAUGACGUUAACGUCGACUGACAACUUCCCCUUCAAGUUUGCAGUAAUCAGCAUGUCAGAAGUAGCAUAUUCAUGCAAUUAACUAGUUGAUAUAUCCUGUAGUGUUGGAUCAUACUCAUUUAAUGUGUUUACACGUAAUCUAACAGAUUUAUGCCUGAUAUCAGCAACGCCUUCAAGUGAGACGACAAGUGAAAUGGAAUCAUCUAAGCUGAAAGUGGCUGUGACAGUAGACAUUUCAAAUUUUCAGUCAUCAUUUGAAAGUACAGAUUUUACGUUUAUACUGGACACAUCUUUGAAUACAAAUACAUUGUCAUUAGAAGAUAGUAUUUCAAGGAUUUUACCUUUAAGUACAAUUGGAUCCCUUGAACCUACACUAAGGAUAAAAAAUGAAUACACGACACAUGCAAAUGAAGUAAACUCUACGGUGUUCUCAUUACAAACUUCGAAUUAUAUCGAUGAAACCAUCAAAACAGGAUUUCUGAACAGUGACAUGUCUACUUCAACAAAAAAUAGUUUACCAAUAUAUUUUGCGUCAAUUUUAGAUAUUACCACAGGGAUGUCAUUCCAAAAUGAUUUAACGCAAAGUCUACACAUACCGACAAGUGAUAUUAUUCAGAAUACCCAGACGCGUUACACAUCUUUAUUCAAUUAUGUCCCUUUGCAUACUCAAACAUCAAAUAUUCAAACUGAUUCGUCCCCUAGCACAUCAGCCAAAUUUAACACGAAUUAUAUCGAUUCGUUGUCCUUAGAAUCCUCCCUGAACUCAUUUAUUAUUUCUUCGGUUAGUAAGAAUAAAUCUGCUAACACGUUUUUGAUCAGUAUCGAACAUUCUCCAGAGAGUCCGGUUCUGUCAGUUGAAACAUCCUCUAAUAAUCACAUGUUUACAUCGGUCGAUCCAUGGUCAGUAAGUCAAACUGGAAAUGUAUUUGUAAACACUUCUAACGUUGAUUCUUUCAUUAUCAAGCAGACGGUUCAUUCAACUGACUUAUCUUUUAUUAAGAUUGUACCAUCUUCUGUACCAAGUUCGUCAGGCAAUUCAUUUAUAUCUCUGGUAGACACAUUGACGUUGCAGUAUAAUAAUAUAUUUGCUAAUGAAUCUAUAUCAAGUAAGGUUUACCAAUCUUUACAAUUAUCAUCUUUUGAUAAAUCUGUUGCUUUUUCAAGUGAAAAAUUUAACGGCAACAGUCAGUUUCCCCACUUAUUUAGUACGUCUUCAUCUAAUCCACCUGAACGUACUGUAACACCAUCCGUCAACCAUUUUACUUUUUCUGAACCUACUACAACAUCACCAUUCAUUAAUGUAAUUUUGACUGAAGCUACAAACCUACCUUUUGGAAUUUCUUCAUUGUUUAUUAAAUUUUCUUCAGCAAUGAGGUCAACUACAAUUCAUGAUGUUUCUCUGUUAUCCCCUUCCUCAUCUAUAAAAUUUGAAACUUUCAAAGAGUUUUCAUCUUUUUUUGAAAUUAUGUCUACAAAUAUUAAUAAUGAUGUUUAUUCUAACAUUAAUUCCAUUCCAUCAUCUGACACUUUUUACAUGUUUAGCAGUCAGCCAACGUCUCGACCUACACAGACCCCUGAACUAUCGGUUGGAGAGGCUCAAAUCAUUAUUUUAUCAUAUAGCCUUGCUUCAGUUAUGCUUGUCGUGUGUGUUCCGUUAAUGGUUAUGUAUUAUUUACGCAAAGUACAACGUGCAAAGAUACUUAAGGAAAAUUACGAUAAAUCCGAAAAUAUUGAUUUGAGUAGUCCUAGGUAUCCGCAUGUCUUCAAUAGGAAUAUUGUUAACGAUUAUCCUAAUAUUGGGAAAAAUCUACCAGUACGAUUUCAUAAUCGAUGUUUGUCAGACACGCCGUAUACCUGUCAUUAUGAACAUAAUUGGAAUAGUUUGACGUGUUAAUAAUAUUAUAUGAACACGGUUGAUAUUAUAUCAUAACAUAUGUUCACGAACUUUGAAUUGUGCUUUGUCGCUUUUGUUGCAAUUAUAUAUAUAUAUAUAUAUAUAUACGAGCCCGCAUUGACAGUGAAAACAAGCUAGCUAUGACAUCAUAGAAUGUACAGGGAAACAGAAAAUAAGCUUAGAUUUACACAACGUGUUUAGGAUUAAGAUAUAAACAUUGGAACUUCCAUGGUUUUGAAUUAACAAAAUCCAAUAUCAAGUACUACUAAAGUUGAAUUUAAUUUUGAAUAUAGCUAGAGAAAACCUUUAACAACACAGCCAGAAGUUUUGAAAGCGCUAGUGACGUUAUUUGAACAAACUGUAAAUAUUUGAUGUUACAUUUAGUUGUUUGUUGCUGGGUAACAUAUUAUAUACUUAACAAGUUUACUAUUACAAGAUUAAACGAAUAAUCAGUGAUAAAAACAGAAAUUUCUUAUAUAUAUGUAGGUUUAUUUUUUCUAUAAAAAAUUAUAGC